UAGAGAGGUAGAGAGAGGGGGAAGAGGCAAAGGGGAGAUGGAGGAAGAGGAGCACGAGGUAUACGGAGGGGAAAUCCCGGUAGAGGGUGAGAUGGAAGGAGACAUGACGGACCCUCACAACAACAACGCCACCGACGUCGAGAUGUCCGGCGCCGGUGACGACGACGCCGUCAAGGAACUGGAUGAGAUGAAGAAACGCCUGAAGGAGAUGGAAGAGGAAGCCGCCGCUCUCCGCGAGAUGCAAGCUAAGGUCGAGAAGGAAAUGGGCGCGGUUCAAGAUCCUGCCACUGCAGCUGCUAAUCAGGCAAGCAAGGAAGAGGUGGACUCGAGAUCAAUCUUUGUUGGCAAUGUUGAUUACGCUUGCACCCCUGAAGAAGUUCAGCAGCAUUUCCAAUCUUGUGGUACUGUGAACAGAGUGACUAUUCUGACUGACAAGUUUGGCCAGCCAAAGGGUUUUGCAUAUGUGGAGUUCCUUGAAGUAGAAGCUGUUCAAGAGGCUCUUGUUCUGAAUGAAUCUGAAUUACAUGGCCGUCAAUUGAAGGUUAUGCCUAAAAGGACUAAUGUUCCUGGGAUGAAGCAGUACCGUGCUAGGCGCUUCAGCCCUUACAUGGGUUACAGGUUCAGGAGGCCUUAUGUACCUCCUUAUUUCUACAAUCCAUAUGGAUAUGGGAAGGCACCCAGGUUCAGGAGGGCGAUGCGAUACAUGCCCUAUUACUAAAAAGCAUGUAAGAUGGAAGAAGCGCUAGUCUUUGAUGGAUGGGGUGGCGUGGUCCAUCCAGAAACUUACGUUAUGCUAUGUUGUCAAUAUAAAGAUAGAGGAGGGGAGGCCUCUAUGAUCCCUAUUUGCAUCGUGUCACAUAGAGCAAGCAGGAUAGCAUUAUCUUAUUACAUUAUACUAACUCUAGCUAAUGUAUUGGCAACAUGUGUGCUGGCAUCUCUGCCUUUGAAGUCUUAAAACUUCCUUUUAGAAUGCUUUACUAGCUAGCUCUCAAGUUUUCCGGAUAUUAUUUCCUGGGUUUGGAUAUUGUUUGGCACAAUCUAUUCUUCCCCACCGCUUGUUAGUCUAUUUCUACCACAAAUUGAGAGUAGGGUCGCAAUUGAGUCUAGCUAUUUGCGAGCAGUUUGGUGUUCAAUUCAAUAAAAGUUCGUUUGACUUUGUUUUUUGAGGUAAA